AACUCUCUAGAGGAGUCUGGGUUGGACAGCGGGCUGUCCAGCGUUCUGGACGCUGACAAACUGAACGAUGGACUGAGCAGCGAACGGUUGAGAAAUUUCUACAAAAAACUUAUACAAACCGAUGCGCAAAUUCGCAAUUUGAAGAAAGGCGCCAACGAAUACGCGCCUACAAAUUACGAAAACAAAUUCAACCCCGACCGAUCCAAAAGGUCUUUACGAAUUCGUAAUCCUAAAGCUCUUCUUCGUUACAAUUCCAAGAAAGAAGUUGACAAUGUACAAACUGACAAUGAUUUACUGACAGACAAUAAUGGGCCUAGUCCAAAUGUAGCAGAACUCAACAAAUUCAAUAUCUUCUACCCUCCAUACUCAAGUGUUAACGUAUCUAACAAAAAUAAUAAAUACAAAAGAUUUGUCAAUGGUUCAGACGAGCCGACAGGGUUUGUCAUCGAAAAGAAGCAAAUAUUAGUUCAAUACAAACCUCAUGACACCGAGAAGCAAAAGAAAGUGCCGAAAUGCUCUCACGCGCCGAAAGACUCGAAAUCCCACGAAAAACAACUGAAGCAUCCAUUCUACAAAAACAGCCAAAGACUCGACGAACUUCUAGAUCAGUUUCUAGACAAAAGUCUACCAGAAAUGAUGGCUGACCCAUUUGGGGUCGAUGUCCUUUUUAAACAUAAGAAUAAGGACGUCAAAACGCAUAAAACUAAUGUUAAAAUUGAAAAUGAGAAGACUACUAAGAAAGCUAUAUCAAAGUUUAAGUAUAAAGAUGAAAAUAAGUUAUUUGGGACUCAUCGCGGAGAUAGUAGAGUUGAAAAUAAUCGAGCAGGAGAGAAACGAGUUGGGGAGUUGGACAGAGAAUUCUUCAAUAUGAUUUCGAGUAAGAAGAAGGGGAAAACGUCAAGCUCAAGUGCUACUCCAAGCUAUGACGUGAUAUUGAGUGUGUCUACGAUUAUAUCAAAACCUAUGAACGUAAUGGGGCACACGCCAAGUCUGCUGAAAAGAGUGCCUCACCUCAGGAAGCUGAUGCAAGUUGAGGAGGAGGAUGAGGAGGGACUUGGCUAUGAAGACGUGAAUGAGGUGCUCGCUGAUGAUAAUGAAGGUCACGAUGAUACGGAUAAGGGACAAGAUAGGAAGAAGCGAAUGGAUUUUCAGGAUUAUAAAGUAGAAGACUUCAAGGUCCCAAGCAACCCUUACAAAUACAAUCCACCUGGUGUCCACAACCCGAACUGGAAAGGCCCCAUGCCUUUAUACCCUGACGAGCUCUCUUCAAUGAUCAAACAAGCAGCCAUGCAGAACGUCCAAAAUUUCAACAAAAUCUACCUCCCAGCUAAUACUAAAGACGCGUCAUCUGAAGCGGACAAUUCCGAGACCGAACUAAACGAUAUGGAGUACAUUGAGAACUAUUCGGAUAAUAAAUUUGAGAAUUUGGCAAGAAUGGCGCAGGUGUACAGUGAUUACGGGGUACUGGAAGGCAGGAAGGAGCAAUCGAGGAAUGAGAAGGCAACGGAUGGGAAGAAUGCUGAGAGAAGAAUCAAAUUGUCUGUGAAAGGACGGUCGUUCAAAGACGCGCUGUUUGACCGAUUCAAGAAAAGCAAAGUGUCAGAAGGUAUCAGAUUUGAAAUACGCCCAACAACUCCUUCCAGAGAGGACAGUCCCAUCGAGCUUAUGAAAGUGUUAGAAAAGCACGUGAAAGUAACCAAAAACAAAUACUUUCCGCCGUUCCAUUCGACCACUUUGCCUUUAAAUACUGAUUAUGCUUUAUUCAGCGCAAUACAGAAGCAACAAAGCCAAAUGAUGGCGAACGAUGCAAGUACCAAGAAGGGAGAACAACCAAACGAAUAUCCAGACAACGCUGUAGUGUUUACAUUAGCUAAAAGUGGCAGGAGAUCCUUAAAAUCUGUACCUGAUGAGGAAAACUACAAGAGUAAUGAAGAAUUCGUUGAAAAUGAGAAAAGUUUGGAAGAUAAACUGAUUGUUAAAGGUAUAAGCGGUCUUGGGGCGAUUAAGGCCGAUGAUAAACCAAGCACUGAUAAGAAUACCAAAACUGCUGAAGAGCAUCACCACCAUCACCAUAAGCAUCAUCAUCACUCUGAUCAUCAUCAUCAUAACAUCAGUAGUGUGAACGAAACUACAAACAAAUUGGAGAUCAUUGAAGAAAAAUCUUUGAUUUUGAAUGAAACAGACAGACUCAAAGAAAAUGUAACAGCAAAUAAUGCAAGUGAUAGUCAUUCAAAUGGCCUAGCAGUUAUUCCCGAUAACAACUUAAUAGCAACUAUUUUAAAUCUAAAUGCACCAAGGAAUAAGUCAGAAAUGGAUCUCAGUGACUUCUUUAUGCUGAUGUCUAACUGGUUCAGUGUCAUGGCUGGAUUGGACACUAGUUCUGAGACAAAUGAACCUAAAUCAAAUAUAAUCAAACUAAUAACCAAAUCAGAUGCGAGUACAACACCAACGAGCAACGAUUCUAUCAACAUUGAAUUUCCCAUGUACGACUCGGAUAUGAUAGAAAAUAUAGGACAUAGAUCAAGGGUACUUAUGGCCAUAGAAGAUAGUGAUAAAUCUACUGAAAAUGCUGUCAGUGAAGUAAAUACAAGCGUUAUGAAUGGGAAAGAUGAAAUAACCAGUGCUAGUCCAGUGAUCACAAUCAAUAAAGAAGACGUAAGUACAACAACAGCUUUAACUUCUGCUACAGAAACCAUAACCGCUAUAGCGACUCAAUCCCAACCAGCAGAAAAACUCAUUCUUACCAAAAACGAAGUAACUUUUGAUAACAAAACUGUAGUCAAAAGAAAUAUACCUGAAGAUAGCAAUUUGAUUUUCUGGAAUGACAUUUACGACGAUGAAUACGGUGUCAAAAUGGAACCCAUAGACAAUACAGUCAUAGACAAAAGGAACUCUAAAAAUCUAAACUUUAUGAAGAAAUCAGGAGAUUGGAUACACGAGAAAGUGAAGAAUAUUGCUAACAAUUUUCGAGGGAAAGAUAAAUUUGAGAGCAAAAACUACAUGUAUACCAAAUACAACAAAAGGGCAGCUAGAUAUGAAGAAGCAGAUGCAGAUGAGAAAACUGGCAGUUUUGCACAACUGACAGUUAAGAUGAAGGAGGUAUGCAAAGAAGCCGCAAAAGCUGUGCAGCAGACCAAAAACGUUCAAGUGCGUCAAGAUGAGAAGGAAGACAGCAUGACGACAUCCCUGAUGCAGCAGCUAGUGAGGCUCAUGACGGACCUCAUUGACUUCCAGGUGCAGCAGAAGACUUGUGUCAAACUACCUCCGGAUCUGCAAGACUUUCUCGUAUGGCUGACUAAUCCGAAUUCAGAUCAAGAAUCAUUAGAAGCAAUUAAGGGACAAAAUAUUCGAACAUCAGGCCUCCCUAUUACAGAGAAGCCUUCAGACCAGAUCCUGGACUUGAUAUCAACGCCAUCUAGUGAAAAGGAGGAGAUACAUGGAGAUAGCAGGUCGGAGUGCUUGGGCACGCUCCAUGCUGUCCAGGAUCUCAUGCAGCAGUACGAUGAGAUGACUGACGAGGAUAAGAGUAAAAUGACUGGAAUCAGAGACUACUUAGAGAAUCAACUACAGUUUCUUCAUAAACAGCUCGCUACUUUCAAUGAUUACAAGAUGACAAACAUAUUCGAAGACCAAAACCCGUCUUACCGCUUUAGAAGAGAAGUACCAAAACAGAACUGCAGACGCAGAAGUAACCAAAUCAAAAGCAGACGAAAUAGAAACAGAUUCAAGAGGAAAUUCCUGAAGAAUUUUGGCAAAAAACACACUAGAACUACAGCUAGUAUCUACGAUGGAUUCGCCAUGACAGAGGUUAAUAAAUUCACAAAAGAUGACAAAUAUGGGGCAGAAAAAGAUGGUAAAGAUGUUAAAAGGAAUCUUAAAGAUGUUUAUUAUAAGGCCCUGAAUGACGCGAAGAAAUCUACCACUUUUAAAACGGCGAGCAAAGACGAAAUGGAGGGGUUCGAUCAUGCUCAAAUUGUUAGAAUGGAUAACUAAAUAUCGGAAGCUAGCGUACAGAACAGCACAAAUUGAGGCAUGUCUGCCUGUCUGUAUGUCUGUGUCCAGCAGGAAGACACUCAACGCAUGACAAAUGAUUCAAAUGUCGAUUAUAGUCCCACGAUUCUGAAACGUCAAGUGGUAAAAAUCUAGAAACUAAACCCAGCAUUAGGUACAUAUUGUAAAGCCCUCACACUCACUGCGGGUUCCAGUCGCACAGUCGCGACAGCAAUAUAAUUACGCGCGAGC